CUAUAAAAUAACCCAUGAUUUGCCCUUACUCGCUCACACUAAACUAAACUAAAUCCCAGCUUAAACGUGCUUCAUUUCUUCGAUAUCAUCAAUGGGAGACAGGAACCGUGACAUCCGAAUCGCAGGCGGCACUCAGCGGGAUAACCAAUCACACCAUCCCAAGCAUCAAGUGGCUCACAAGGAUAUCGAUGACAAGAAAAAUGUCGUGCAGCAUGUGACAAAAAACAAGAUGGGCCAGGAUAACUAUAUCACGCAGAAAGUGGGAUUCGAUUACGAAGUCGAUAAAGUCAAGCAGAAUGUGGCAGACAACGUGAUUGGUGACAAGAACACUUACAUGCAGCGUGUGAAAGCUGAGGGUAAUAGGGAAGGAGAACAGAUUCCAGCGGGCGAGUCCUCGGAUCGAAUGGUGACAGAGUAAACACUCUGUUUUAGUCUCUCUAAGUGCUCAGAAGGAAUGGUAAUAGACGGGUAGUUACUUAGAAUAUAAAUGUCAGAAUAAAAGAUAGGGUACGAGUUAGUGGGAUGAUAUGUAAAAUACUUAUCUGCAAUGUAAACAGAAAUACAGAUAAUACAAUAAUACAAAUAAUACAAUAUUG